AUGGUUCCUAACGAAACCCUCGCUGAUACCUACGGGGGCAUUACAUUCAAAUGGUCUUUUAAAGUUUCUACGACGGAAUCUUCGUACAACCCGGAUGUUGAUCAUACGGCGAAGAAUCGAUAUUUAGAGCUUUCUUUCGAUGCGAAGAACAAAGAUUUUGUCCACUCAAAUUAUAUACCUUACAUUUUAAAAGAAGCUGAGACAAUAAAGUUCCAAAAUAGAGGGAAACGUCUGUAUAGUAACCGUGAAGGAAAGACUAGUCUGAUUGCUGCCAUUGCUAAUUUCCUAGGAUUCGAUGUUUAUGACAUCGAAUUAACAGCAGUGAAAAAUAAUUCUCAGUUAAGAAAGCUCCUGGUUGCGACAACAAGCAGAUCCGUGAUUAUCAUUGAAGAUAUCGAUUGCUCCUUAGAUCUUUCAAACCGAACACCUAACAAGAAUGUCAGCACUAGUGUAAAUAACGCCAACGCCAGUAUGGAUACCACAAAAAAUGGAAGCAGUACUGUAAGCUUGUCUGGUGUUUUAAACUUUGUCGAUGGACUUUGGUCUUCUUGUGCUGGAGUGAGAUUGAUCAUAUUUACAACGAACCAUAAAGACAAACUCGAUCCUGCUUUACUUAGACCCGGUCGAAUGCAUAAGCAUAUCCAUCUCUCUUAUUGCAAUUUUAAUGCGUUUAAGAUCCUGGUUAAGAACUAUUUGUUAAUAGAAGAACAUGAGGUAAUGAAGGAAGUUGAAGAGUUGUUAGGAAUGGUCAAGAUAACACCAACUGAUGUUGUAGAGCUUCUCAUUGGUUGUGAUGAUGACCCAGGGUUGGGUUUGAGAAAUGUGGUCGAAGAGAUUGAAAUUCAUCAAAACAGGUAA